AUGGGCUUCAAGGCUUGGAUACAUGACACCAACUUGCGUGUUGCGCGCAGCCCCGUGGGGAGAUGGUUUCGACUCGAGAAUUCAGGCCAUCCCAUGGAGCGAAAGGGUAGCUUUUUCUUUACUGAACUCCGCGCCGGCCUAGCAACAUUCUUUGCUAUGGCAUAUAUCAUCUCCGUCAACAGCAACAUCACUUCAGAAACUGGCGGUACCUGUGUUUGCCCGCCGGAAGACAUGGCGGACUACUGCGCAACCAACUCCGAGUACCUCAUUUGUAUGCAGGAAGUCAAGCGUGAUAUCGUUACUGCCACAUCUGCUAUUGCCGCUCUUUCGACGUUUUGCAUGGGCCUAUUUGCUAACCUACCUAUUGCACUGGCACCUGGUAUGGGAUUGAAUGCAUACUUCGCCUACACUGUCGUUGGAGUUCAUGGAGCCGGCAUGAUCCCGUACGAUGUCGCGCUGACUGCAGUGUUUGUGGAGGGUUGGGUCUUUCUCGGCCUUACCUUGAUUGGUAUGCGGCAAUGGCUUGCUCGCGCUCUACCAGCGUCGAUUAAACUUGCGACUGGUGUUGGGAUUGGACUAUACCUUGCUCUAAUCGGUCUGACAUACAGCGCGGGAAUCGGAUUGGUGCAGGGUGGUUCAGACACCCCGAUCGAGUUGGCUGGCUGCGCAUCACAAUUCAUUGACUCUAGCACCGGUGAGUGUUUGAGUAGCGAGAAGAUGCGCAGUGCCACCAUGUGGGUGGGCAUUUUCUGUGGUGGUGUUCUCACGGCAAUGCUCAUGAUGUACCGCAUCAAAGGUGCUGUGAUCAUUGGCAUCUUGCUAGUCUCCAUCAUUUCCUGGCCCCGUACCACACCCGUCACCUACUUUCCCUAUACGGAACUUGGAACAAGCAUGUUCGACUUUUUCAAGCAGGUUGUCACCUUUCAUCCGAUCAAGCAUACCCUUGCUGUUCAGAAGUGGGACAUCUCUGGACAUGGCGGCCAGUUCGGACUGGCGUUUAUCACUUUUCUUUAUGUCGAUAUUCUGGAUACAACUGGUACCAUGUAUUCAAUGGCCCGCUUUGCUGGCGCUAUUGACGAGCGCACGCAAGAUUUUGAAGGGAGUGCCAUCGCCUACAUGGUCGACGCCAUCUCCAUCUCGAUCGGAUCGCUCUUAGGCAGCCCUCCGGUGACAGCAUUUGUCGAGUCCGGCGCUGGAAUCUCCGAGGGAGGGAAAACAGGACUGACAUCGUGCAUGACGGGUUUCGCCUUCUUCAUUGCCGUGUUCUUCGCACCGAUUUUUGCAUCCAUUCCUGCAUGGGCGACGGGUUGCACGCUCGUCAUCGUGGGGGCGUUGAUGGCGAAGGCUGCUGCAGAUAUCAACUGGCGUUACUACGGCGAUGCCAUCCCGGCAUUUCUUACUAUUGCUAUCAUGCCUUUCACCUAUAGCAUCGCCUAUGGUCUUAUUGCUGGCAUUCUCAGCUAUAUCACCCUAAAUGGCGUCGCAUGGCUACUAGAGAAAAUCAGUGGUGGCCGCAUUGUCCCACCUAACAAAGAUGAGUCCGACCCUUGGUCUUGGAAGGUACCUGGUGGUUUCUUCCCACCGUGGGUGAAGCGUGCAGCUCAUGGCCAGAAGGACUUUUGGCGCCGGGAUGAGGAGAGCGUUGGGUCGAAAGAAGUGGUUUCGCUCGCGUCUUCUCAGGAAUGUGUUGCUGUUGUGAAGAAUCACGCCGAAGGUGGGGAGCCAGGAGAAAAGCCAAUAUAA